CGUUAUGAAAUUAGGCGGCGGUGCCAAUACAGACUGGGAAAUUAAGCGGAAUACGCGCAUGUGCGUUAUGAAAUUACGUUGCCGUACUAAAGCGGACUAUACUAUUAAACGAUCCACGCUAAUACGCACUAUGAAAUCAAACGCUAUUCUCACGCGCACCGAAGCAAACGGUCGUGGCCGUACCGCUCUACGAUAUUGCGCGCCUAUGCUUAUCCGCGCUACGAUAUCAAACGUGCGCGGCACGCCUAUGUGCACUGUGAAAUUGCGCGUCAACGCUUACCCGCACUGCGAUAUUGAGCGCGUAUGCUAAUGCGCGCUAUGGAAUGUAGACCGCGCGGGCUUGUGGGAGUCGUGCUGUGCAUGUCGGCGCGUCUCUGAGCGGGAGAGGACAUCGCUGCUGCUGCUGUUGUUGCUGCUGUUGUUGUUGUUGCUGCUGCUGUUGUUGUUGUGAGGGGCAGGGCCCUAGGGGGCAUUAGCCGAGGAGCUGCCCUCAAUCUCCCCGCGGAGCAAGGCUUGCCCGGCACUCGCGUGCCUCGAUCGGCACCCGCGGCGGCGUCGGCAGCGCAGCAGCGGCGACGCCGGCAGCGCCAGCAGCAGCGGCGGCGGCGGCAGGAGGAGGAGGAGGAAGAGGGACCGGCGUUGCUGCGGCUCCGGCUGCGGUUGUGGCGGAGAGAGGGCGGCGUGGCCGUGCCUGGCUCGGCUGCAUGAUGGGGCAGCAGCAGCAGGAGGAGGAGGAGGGGGGGGCGGUCAGGUGGCUGCGUCGCUGAGCCCCCGGGCGGGGAGGGGGCUGCUGUGCCCCCCGGCGCGAGGGGAGAUGAGCGGGGGACCCGGGCAGACGGACAUCCUGGCCAUCGGCUUCCUGGUGAAGGAACGCUGGAAAGUGCUGAAGAAGAUUGGGGGCGGGGGUUUUGGUGAGAUUUACGAGGCCGUGGACUUGGAGUCUCGCGAGAGCGUUGCCCUCAAAGUCGAGUCGGCCACGCAGCCCAAGCAGGUGCUGCGCAUGGAGGUGGCCGUGCUCAAGAAGCUGCAGGGCAAGGACCAUGUGUGUCAAUUCAUCGGAUGCGGCCGCAAUGACAAAUUCAACUACGUCGUCAUGGAACUGCAGGGCCGCAACCUGGCGGACUUGCGCAGGAGCCAGGCGCGUGGCACGUUCAGCCUGAGCACCACUCUGCGCCUGGGCAAGCAGAUGCUCGAGGCCAUAGAGAGCAUCCACAGCCUGGGCUUCCUGCACCGGGACAUCAAGCCUUCCAACUUCGCCAUGGGCCGGCUGCCUGGCACGCACAGAAACUGCUACAUGCUGGACUUUGGGCUGGCGCGCCAGUACACCAGCUCCACUGGGGAAGUCCGGCCGCCACGCGCCGUGGCCGGCUUCCGGGGCACGGUGCGAUACGCGUCGGUCAACGCUCACAAGAACCGGGAGAUGGGUCGCCAUGACGACCUGUGGUCCCUCUUCUACAUGCUCGUGGAAUUCGCUAUCGGACAGCUGCCGUGGAGGAAAAUCAAGGACAAGGAGCAGGUGGGGCUCAUCAAGGAGAAGUACGACCAUCGGCUGCUGCUCAAGCACAUGCCGGCAGGCUUCCAGGCCUUCCUCGACCACGUGUCGACACUCGAAUACCUCACCCAGCCCGACUACGAGCUGAUCCUGUCGCUGCUGGAGAGCAGCAUGCACGAGCUGGGCGUCACGGAGAACGAGCCGUAUGACUGGGAGCGCAGCGGCGCCGACGCGUCCGUCACCACCACCACCACCACCUCCACGCCGCCGCAGCAGCAGCAGCACACGAGGCACACAGCCGCGGCGCUUGGCGUGGCGCACCCCACGCCGCCGCUGCUGCUGGGCGACGUGCAGCAGCGCGAAAGCACCUACGACGUGCUGCAGGACGAGCAGCUGAGCGAGCAGGAGAACGCGCCGUCGCCCCUGCAGCCGGUGCGACCCCCGCCGGGUUGCCCCCCCCCCGCCCCUCCCCCGCCACCCCCUCCCGUGCCACCGCCGCCGCCGCCACCGAGCGCCGCCCCGGUGACGCCGACGCUGCGGGCACCGGGCGCUCUCCCGCCGCCGCCGCCACCGCCGCUGUCGCCGGGCGACCUGCGUCGGCAGAACCGCACCGACCAGAACCGCAACAAGAUCGGCGCGGAUGCGUGCUGGGGGGAUGAGCGGCAUUUGGAACAAGGAGACAUGUCCACGGUGAGGGAGAACGGGGAGGUCGGAGGAAGGCCCGACACGCGCGGGGAGACCUGGUGGGACCCAAAGCUGGAGGGGGCGGUGGCAGCCCCCGCUGCUCACGUGUGGCACCACGACGACGUUUACCACGGCGACGGUUACCACGGCGACGGUUACCACGAAAAUGGUCACUUUGGCGACGGCGUCCACGGCGGUGACAACAACGAGGGCGGUGGCAGCGCGCUACCCGCGACCACUCCGACGGACGAGUGGGUCGUCGUGGAUCACGAGGACUUCCCGCCGGACGGGGGUCGACCCCCCGCUGACGCCGCGGUGCAUUCUGGGAGGACGCGUGGAGACGGUGCCGCCGAUGAGCUCUGCUCUCUGGAAGACGACGAUGAAGGUGGCGACGAGGGUGGUGGAAAUGGUGCGGCACCGGCGGAGGAAGAAGGCAAAAGGGCGCACGGCAGCGCUCGAGCCAAGGGGGUGGCCGUCGAUAAAAUGGACUCGUCAUCGCCCGAGCGAGAUCAGGGGGCGGCACAGGAAGUGGGCGCCAUUGGACCGUUGGGUCACUUGACUUCCAUCCGAUUCGGGGACCCAGAAUUGUGGUUGGAUUCGGAGGGGGCCAGGGAAAGGAAGAGAGUUGAGCGGACAUCCCCACCAGAUGUGAGCCGAGGUCACGACCCCGGCGUGCCGCCCCCCGCCCAGUCCCCUGUGCCGCGGAGUGCGUCCGGCUCGAGCAGCCCCUUGGGCUCCGUCGGGCGCCGCCAGCUGCCCCUGCUGCCCCGCGCCUCGGGCAUCAAGCUGCUGCCCUCCGUCAUCCGCAUCUCCAACGCGCAGCUGAGCCAGCUGUCGAGUGGCUGGGAGGUGCCUCCACCGCUGCCUCCGCUACGGCCGCCCACGGCGCGUGAGGUGCCGCCGCUCCUUCACGCGGCCGCGCAACCCCCUGCAUCACAACACCAGCGCGAUGUCCAGGAGAGGGAGCCGGAGCAGAGCCGGGCCCUUGCAGCGACGCAGCCUUUACCGGACUCGGCCCAGAUUAUCGAGGACGGUGGGAGACGAGGAACGGACGAGGAGAAAAAGGAGGCUGUGGAGGAAAAGGUGGCAGAGGACGAGGAAAGCGUUCCUGUGCUGGCCGUGCAAGGGGCAGUCAAGGGUGACAUGGAGCCGGAGCGACCUUGCGACGGCGAGCGUGGGCGAGCGAGAGCCGCCCCGCCCGUUACCGACAACGACCCCUCGCUCACCGUCGUGUCGGCACGGCAAGCGGCGCCAAACUCAGACGGCGCAGAGGACAAACAGAAGCCUGCUGCUGCUGCUGCUGGUGGCGCCACAGUGGAAAACGCAGCUCAGAGGGGUGGCUUCAGCAGCACCGGCGGCGGCGCGUGUAACACGUCGGAACCCGCGACCCUGUCGUCUGCCCUCGCCGCGGAACUCGGUCCGGCCGCCGCCGCCGCUUCCGUGCCGAUCCGGACGCCGGGAGGGGAGUCGGCGCCGCUCACCCGGGUGGAGCGCACGUUCGCGGCCAUCGCCGAGACGACGCAGCUGGGCGUGCGCCCGGCCCGCCGGCACGCAGCGGGGCCGCCCUCGGAGCCGGCCGAUGACGGCCUGCCGGACCCCGCCGCCUGCGACCUCGAUAGGAACCCCAACCGGAGCGAGCGGCGAGGCCGCCACCGCCAAGCUCGACGCCACGACCACCACGGCGACUCCGAGUCCGAGGCCGAGACGGUUCGGAGCGUUCCGGACAGGAUGUCCGGCAGCGGCGGUGGCGCCGGAGGGGCGGUGGCCGGGUCGGAGGCCGCGGCACAGCCGGCGCCGCCAGGGAGGAGGCCAGCGAUGCGAGAAGAGGCCGGCGUCCAUUCCUUAGCGACGUCGGAGACGGGCGGAGACAAGUGGAGGGCGGAGCCUCGCUCGGAAAGCCCGGCGGCGCUCAACGGAGCCGAGCCGGACGUCUUUUCGGACGCGGAGGGCGACGCCAAACAACGCUCGCUGCACGACGGCUUGCCCCUCCUCCUCCGUGGGUGGGAAUCGAGCCGGAACGAAUCCGCCUCGGAGCUCUCCUCACCUCCGCCACCUUCGGCCAAGGAGCAGCUGCUGCGCAUGAAGAAGGGCGUGGGGCGGCUCCCGCAGCAGCAGCGGCAGCGGCGGCAGCAGCAGCAGCAGCGGCUCCACGUGUCGCUGCUGCUGCUUGCCGAGGGCGACGCGCGCCCGGACACCGAGGCGGCUUCGCCGAUCGCCCUCGCUCCCACUGCCGCCACCGCCGCCGCCACCGCCGCCACCUCCUCCUCGCCCCCGUCUCCUUCGUCACCACCGCCGCUGGCGCCAUCGCGCUCACCGGCGCCGUCGUCAUCAUUGUCGCCACCCCCCGCCGCCAGGCCGGGUUCCCCUUCCAGACGGCUCGGCAGUGCCGGCGGAGGCAAACGUAGCCGGAUUCCACGGCCCGUGACGCCAAGCGGGGAUGGGGCGGCGGCGGCGGCAGGAGGAGGGGGGUCUGUGUCGCUGUCGCUGUCGUCGCGAGCGCCGUCGUCGCCGCGUGCGUUCGUGCCGCGGCCGCCUCCCGGGCGCCCGCCGGCCCGACCGGCCCUGGAGUCACGGCUGCGCCGCUACAAGCUGCCGCCCUCCAGGCUGGACUCGCGUCACCACGCGGAGCCGCACUCCGACUCCCUCGCGCCCGGCCGCCCCUCCCGCUCGCCAUCACACGGCGCCCUCUCCUCCUCGUCGCCUCCCUCCUCCUCCCGCCCGGCCAGGGCCCCAACGUCCUCGGCAGCACCGACCCACCGCCGCCGCCGCAACAACAACCACCGCCACGCAGCGAGGUACCGGCACGGCCUCCCAGGCCCGGCCUGGCUCCUCCUCCAACGUAUCCGGAUCCGCUCGCAGAACCUCCGCACGGGCCGGCGUGUCCUCUAAAGCAAGCGCUGCUACCGCCACUUCUGCCGGCACCGCCGGGCGGUUUGGCUCGGCCGGUCAGCCGCUCGUCGCCGGCGGAGCAAUCGUCGGGCAGAGGGCGGCGACGGCCGCUGUAAGGGACGGGAGGCCCAAGCGCAGCAGCAAGCUGAGCAGAUAGCCCGGCGACCUGGCGCCCGUAAGCUCCGCUUGCCUCGCGAGAACUGCUAGCUUCCAAGGUCACGUGUGCGUACGCGUGGGUCUUGAGUGUGUCUUGUGAGCGUGUCUGUGUCUGUGUGUGCGUGCGAGUGAGGAGCUACUGCGUAGCGGUUUGCGCAGUGCGCUUCAAUCCCAGCGACUUAAGUUCACUUCCAAGUUGUGAUGCACAACAUCUGCCCUGGGCCUCUCCUAGGCUAAUUCAACCAGAAGAAAGCAUUUGCACGCAGUGAAAACCUGAUGUAAGGUUUGACAAUUUGCGCAGCAUUGUGGGAAAGGGGAGGAGUGUUGAGAGGUCGGCAUUGCUUGAUGCCGAUGUUUGGGUUUAGAAACGGACUUCGUUCACUGUAAUUUACGCUGCAGAUGUGAUGAGCGUUGGAUCGCCAGUACGCGCGUGUGUGUAUAUAGGCGUGCGGUAGCGCUGAGCGAUACCUGCGGUUGUCGGAGACGACGCCCACGACACCGGAACUGACGACGCUCGUCGUUGAUGCGGUGUCGGGAGAGCACCGUUGGCGUGACCGCGAAACCGAACGACGACCGGUCAAGUUGCGCUGCAGAGCGCUCCACUCGCCAUCGCAUGGUUCAAGAGCUCAACUCCCAGUCGCCGGUCAUAUUGUGUUCCACCAUCGUUGUUAUCACUUCAACGUUGAUAAAAUGAGCGCCGCUCGCUUGAGCAGGGAAUUAUUGUUGAAUUACCAUGGUAUUGCUGAGGAAAAGUCAUUUUAUUGAUAUUGCGCAAACAUUUUUUUUAAGCGUGUGUGUACAAUGGCCCAGUAUUUUUGUGCUUGGCAAUUCUCAGAUGUUGCUUGCUAAGCGAUACCCAAGAUGGCCUUCGGUACGUGUGCGUAUCGCAGUGUCCCUCAUGUUCCGGCAUUGUGGUUGCCUGUAUCGCUCGGCACUACUUAACGUGAUGGCGCACACACACAUGCAUGAGUGUACGCGUGAAGACACGUGCCCAUUUGCACGCACGGACACAUGCAGGGUUGCAAGUCGGCUGGCAUGUGUGCAUGUACACAGUACGCAUAAGUAGCACCUACACACAAUUCGCAGGCAGUUUGCAGGACACCGUAACCUCUCUGUGGCCACUCGGAUCGCGAUUCGCAGCCCAUUGUUGAGUGCGUCACCCCAUGCACCGCGCGUGUGCGCAGAUAGCGACGCACGUACGUCUGCAUCCCAGAGGUAGGCCUCACAUCCGCACGCAUCACGGCAGUAUGGUGACCGUGCGCCUAACGCCCUCCCGUAUUUACGUGUCGGUAAUUUUCGUUGCAGCAAAUCUGCACGUUUGUACUCUUCCGCAAUUCGUUGACAUUGUAAUCGCAAGGCUGAGAAGCCAAAGUUGGGAUGAACUGAGACGCGGUUCUGUGAAUUUCACAGCGCCUUUAGCCCCUGUUGUAGGUAAUGUGCAGAAUGAGAGUGCAUUGCUGAUGUUCCAAAUUGGCGCCGCGGUGGUGAGAUGUUAACUACCUCGCCUGGUAUACAGGAGGUCAUGGAUUCGAUCCCGACUGAUGCCUGUAUAUUUGGUGGUUGCAUGUCUCUCUCCCCAUGGUCGCGUGGAUAUUUCUUUGGGCUUCCCUUCCACAUUUAUAAACAUACGUUGUUUGCUGCUGUAAAUUUGCACGCGAUAAGCCACUUAGUUGAGCUGUCAUGUGUGGCUCGGUCACUUCUAAAAAAAGAGUUGUAUAGCUCAGUGGGCCUUACCUGUUGUAGAGCUUAAGCAAACUUAUAAAAGCCACGAGCGCAUGCUUUGUUUAGGUCGGCCACGCGGUGAGGCAGCUUUGAGUUGAGUGAAUUUGCGUUCCGACGUUAAAAUCGCUCUCGUGGUUUUUUUGGGCGCCCGAGUGGUUGCCCGUGAAGACGUUUACGUUGACUGACAUCGACGCACAUUGAAGCGACAAAAUGGCAUUACGAAUAUUUCACCAGGGUCUGCAUUGGCAUCGGUGUACAAGCACAAACUACCGAAAACUCACCAAAUUUUGCCGUUAACACUUUCUUAGAAAACGUCAAAGAGUGGUCAUUGUGCACGGCUAUGGCGUUCCUCUGUGCGUUGUCUGUUUCAAGGCGGUGAUAACAAUUGCGGUUUCGUGUUUUAUGAUUGUCCAGCGCAUUUAAUUUGUCGCUCAUCUCUCCAUUGGCAGCUCUGGGUCAGCGGUUUGUAAAUUCCACUUUCCCAUGGCGGAAGCGGUUUCUCCAGCACAACUGCCCCAUUGAUGUCUCGCAAAGCGAACACUUCUUUUAUUCCACCACGGAGGAUAUGGCAAUCGUGGGGCUGAAUCUCGCUACCCUCGACAUGGGAUUUUAAUUCACAACAAUUCCAUCGCGCGUCCAUUACGUGCACCUGCAUGCACGCGGCUAACGUUUUAAAUGUUUUAGAAAACAAGACAUGACAAUCAUUCCCCGAUUUGCUAGCGAAUUAAAAAAAACGGCGGGCUGGCGUUGACCGCGUACGAUAAAAACACACGACAUUGCCCCCGCGAGUGGCCAGCCCCGGAGUUACAGCAUCGGAGCUGUUUCAGCAGCAGCAGCUGUUGUUAUUGAUUGAAGGAAGAGAGCUGCUUGAGUUAAAUGAUCCGGACAGGACAAAAAAUGAGUCAUCUUUGUGAUUUUUGUCGUAAGCACUUUGAUGACGAAGGUUUCGAAGGAGUCGAGCAAACACAUCUUUACCGUUGUGGUGCAUUCUGGAGUAGGUGAGAUGCUACGAAUGGUCCUGCCACGUGUACACGAGACGCAGGAUGAUGGAGCGACGGUGAGGUUGUGGUGAAAUGAGUAGCAUUGGCCGUAGCGUACAAAUGUGAAAUGAAACUCGAUCACGGAUGAUUCACGUGGGGCAGAAGCCGUGUCAUUCCAUGUGGCAGAGGCCUUGUAUUUGAAGGAUAUCUGAGUCAAGUUAUUUUGGGGAUGAGGCAUAGAAUUGCUGAGUCGUGUCUCUGGAUAUCCGGCCUUGCCUCUGGAACUAAAUCAAUGCUAGAAACUAAUUUUCAUGUUCAUCUGGGUACCAGUUCUUCAGCUGAGAUGAAAUUUCCAGUGAACCCUCGAGUCAUUUGACACAUGGCUAAGAACCAUGAGGCUGGGAAGGUCGAGGAAGAGUUUAUAGGGUGAGUGUUUGGAGGGUGACUUUUCAAUAGUAAACAAUCCCUGAUUACAUAUUAUUCAAGCGCAUAUAAUUAAUAUAACAAUCCCACAUUUUUCGCUCGAAAUGAAACAAUAUUUUAUUGCCGAUGUAAUAUUUGCUAAGUUAAUUUAACAUCACAAAUUGCAACCCCUCCCAGGCUGUGAGCCGUGAUUUGUGUGUUCUCCGCUGCUUUCCUCGCAUGAACCCAAGUUGCCGACACGGUCGUUUCCCAACUUUAAUCGAGUUGGAAUCACUUGGGAAUUUUUUUUCUUAAUGGAAGCAAAUCACAAAUGCUAAAUAUCAGUAUUCUGAUUACAUCUGAGGGUGACAUAAUGGCCAGGGCAUUGCUCCAUAACCUUCAUUCACGUGACCUCUGCUCGUCCGCACGGUAGGGAGCAGCACUUGUUGCACCCGGCUUGACACAUGAGAGUAAUGUUCACUGCACGACGGUAAAACAAAUCACUUCAAUUCUGAGCUGAUAAUUUAGCCAAAUCAAGUGCCGUACCAAAUUUUGUGCCGUCAUUUGUUCCGUCAUUUUUGACCGGGCUGAGACCAUUGACCCCGCUAUACCUGAUAAUCCGCUUUCAUCGCGGGCGACUUCUCAGCAACCAUGUUUCGUAAAUUACAACUCGAUAGCCAUCGAUUCUGCCAACCGUUGUGCCGAGUGCCGCGGCGUGCGUUCUCAUGUUGCGGCAGAUUUUGGUAAAAAAAAAUCGCCAGAGAUGAAUUGUCGCCAUGGAGGCAUCGUAAUCGCCGAACUAAUGUAACCACGUAGAGCGCUGCGAUGCGCCUUGGGGUUGAGAAAGACGUUCGUUGCUCGGCACGACGUCCGACGUUUCCUCUCUGCACGCCGACAGCUUCUUCAGGAAGUGAAUUGUACAAGAAAAUGCAUCGGAGAACGACACCACGAAAACCUGCGCAGCGGUAGAACCCACUCUACCGUGACCACUUGUGGUCGUCUCCGACGUCACGUAGUCUGCGUGGAUGCCGUAGAAGGCCCCAAAGCGUCGCCCCUCGGUCGCUGUCGUCUUCUCUUGAGCCAGCUCAGCCAGGUGCCCGAGGAGGAGAUUUGCAGCCAAGUGGGGUUUAGGUUUUAUUAAGGCAACGUUUACAUUUUUUUUGCCACCCUUUUUCGUUUUUUUUUUUAUUAUUAAACGUUUAGUGCAAAUGCAACCGGUUUGAAGAAGUUGUGAAUAUUUAAGAGGUCAGAGUCACGGAGUUAAUUUUUUUCAUAUGGUGGUCACUGACACGCUCCGGUUCGGAUAAAAUUGUGGAGCUUGGUGGUGACCACCCAGAUGAAAGCCAGAUUUAACCCAAUUACUAACAUCUGGUCUUACCAGGUUAGAACUUGGGCCUGCACGGGUUCCUUUUACAAGUUCAACCUGGUCACGAUGGCCAUACAAGCGGUGAUGCUUAAUAGUUUUAAACACCCAAGUACAGCUGCUUGGAUGAGUGAAUGCUGCAGUUGUGGAAACCUUAGCUGAUAAACUCACUGCUGUGAGUUAAAGGUAGCUGCUAAUUUGUGUAACAAAUAAAAACCUCUCGCACGAGCAAGGUCAUGGGCCCCUGCGCACACGAGACGAUGCAGAACGGCUUUAGCGAAAUCGUUCACAACAACAUUUUUUGGGACGAUGCAAUUCGUGGUGGGGCGGUCGGGUUAGAGCGUGCGACGGUGGAGAAGUGCUUUUCAUCGCUCCAGUUCGACAGUGCAAUGGCGGGAGGGGUUGAGUGAAGCCGCCGGGGGUUUGUUUUGUGAGAUUGGUGGGGCCGUGUGCUGCUUGAUGUCCUCUCGCGAGUCAAGGGCUGUCGGUGGCGCGGAGUUAAGAGUUUCUGUUGUCGAAGUUUAAACUCGUUGGUGUUGAAUGUUCAUUUGCUUUCCGUCCAGGGAAGCCUGCAAUUGUGUAUACUUUAUUUACAGCAUUUAUUUACCUUCCCUCGUGUACAUAAUGUGUAUACGUUAAUUUAUUACGUUGAUUUUUAUGUGUAUAUAUAUAUUGCACGUCGGUAAGUGACCAGUGCUCUGCUCGCUAAGCACGCGUCCGUCAACCUCCCGGGCAGAAGAGGGCAACGCCGUUCCGCCACUCCGCUCGCCCCACGCUUCGCUGUCGUGAACCAGCGCCCGCUAACUCGGCUGGUGCCUGUGCUAAGAGGCGCUCGGUUCGCAUUCCGGAGGGUCGCAAGUUCAAAUCCCGUUCUGGAGUCGACACGGGCAGAAGGUCAGCAACCAAAAUAACAAGGAUAGCCAUUUUUUUCAGAUUCGGUAACAAUAUAUAUAUUUGAAGAGCCGUAGUGCCACGUGAAUUCGAGGCGGUGGCGCUUAAUAAAUCACGUCAUGAAGUCGCACUUUGAGAGCCGCCUGCAGCUCCAGAGCCACGGGUUGCCAAGCCCUGCUCUUGGGUGUCAGAAAUUGAGUACUGCUUUGAGUGAAGUCAGCAUUGGGCUUGCUAUGGAUAAACUGGUCCUCAUCAUGGGAAUGUGGAAUUUUCAGCACUGCUUAGGGUUGCCAAAGGAGACAAGCUCUUACUUCAGCAGAGAGCCUCUGAAUCUAUAGAACAGGAACACGCCCAUCGAGACCCAUCAUUACAUUUGGACCCUUAUUUAACCGAACAUUAGGCAACCCAGAAUCGGUGGAGGAAAUUCUGCAUUCCCAUGGCAGGGACAGUCCUCUGUGGGAAGUUAACAAGUCGUUGUCCUCUGCAAAGUGGUGUGACUUUAUCAACCCCGGUGGGAUGAUGGGCCGAGUCAUUCCCCAAUUGAGAUGUUUAACUCGCGACCCGAGUCGUCGCGACCUGAGUGUCCGUGUGCUGUGGUCACUCGUAACGCCGCAUGCUCGUGCACGGCUGUGGCGGCAGUUGGAGCUGUUGACCCCGUGCCAGCUGGCUGGGUGAGCACACGGACCACGGGGUCAGCCAGCCACUUGGUUUAACGUGACCACAGACCAGCAGACGUGGAAGGACAAGUUUAAACUCGACCACGGAGGUUUUCGCAGCCAAUGUAAUUAUUUCUAGAUUUGAAGCUUUCGUGACUGCAAGGAUUGAUAUUCUUAGGUUGUUUCGGUAAAGUCACGUAGGUAAAAAAUUUAAAUUAAUAAAAGUGAAAUAAAAAUAAUUUUAAUUUUUAAAAUAAAAUAAAAUCACGUCGUGAUUUUUUAUUUUACUUUUAUUAAUUUAAAUUUUUACCUACGUGACUUUACCGACAAAACCUAAGAAAAAUGUAAUUAUUCACGAGUGAUUUUUGGGUUAUGCCGAGUAAUAAUUGUUGACCCCCCCCCCCUCCCCGCAUAUCCAAUUAGCACGGUUGGCUAUGUUCGGUGCGAAUAAUGAUCUAGCCAGAUUUGUGUUGUCAAGACCCUCCACCACCCGAGGUGGCAUUUCAACCAGAGUCUCAUGACACGUUUCUUUUUUUGUCGGAGCGUCGGCAAGGUGGCGAGCUUCUCUUUCUUUUUGUAGAGCCGAGCGCGUGAACGAUUGCCCUCUGGUGCUGGGUGGAGGUUGGCCUUGCGGGAAGUGACUCAGUGAGAGAAGGGUGCCCCGGUUCCGUGGGGGUUUUGCCCUCCGGGUCCUUUCCCCUGAUGAGGCGACGCGAUGACCCAGCCGCGACUGCACGAGCUGCGGGAGGGGGGCGACUGUUGCUGCUCUCGCGAAUGACAUCGCGAGAGCACCGACGGCAAGGUCGUUGUUUGACGAAAUAGAGGGGGGGAAAUUACAAUUGAACUCUGGACGUUGAGGCAAAACUGUACCGUGCAGAAGGUGGGUGGUGAUCCAAUUCAAGAAUCUAUUGUUUUGUUUGUGUUGUUUGUUCUGUCCGGACUGUGUCGUUUGCUCCGAGAGCCUCAGAGCAAGCGCGCAUGACUUCCAUAUAAUUUGCACAUAUCACGAAUAAUCGACUCUCAACGUGCGGAUAAUCCGUGCGCGCGCGAGUGUCGUGAGCGUAGCCAACCGGGUUUGGUCGACGUCUCGUUGCGUGCAGUCGCACUGCGCGCUCCGCGAUGCGACGUGCGGGAUGACUGACCCUUCGUCGCUCGAGAGAGAGAGAGAGAUACAGCGUUGCCCCCCCCUGCUUUGUUGAGCGUGCGGCGAGGGGUGUUUGUGCACAGGACCGCGCGAGUGCCUGGCUGUGUGCUGCUGCAAUUCGCGACUGUGCCCCGAUUCAGCCGCUGCUCUGAGCCAUUCUAAUGUCUGUUGCCUUGCCUUCCAACGUGGCCACACACACACAGGCAGCCACAUGCGCACGUGCACUCAGACACAUGCCUGCGUACACGAAAGACAAACAUCCCCCCGGAUAGACUUUAACAGACUGCUGGGGAAAGUGCUGUUAGUGAGCACCUACGAAGGCUGGGGAAGAUGGGCAGCACCACGCCCGGCCGCCUUUGUCUUCCCAGUGGCGAUGUUUACACACCGCAGCAGGUACUUGUUUAAGGCUGAGUCGACCUAGGAGAGGCCCAGGACCGGUUCAGAUAAUCGUCGCUGACCAUUAGCAGAAGCGCGUCACGAACACACAAGACACACACACACAAGACACACACACACAAGACACACACACACACAAGACACACACACACACACAAGACACACACACACACACAAGACACACACACACAAGACACACACACACACAAGACACACACACAAGACACACACACACAAGACACACACACAGACACAAGACACACACACACACAAGACACACACACACAAGACACACACACAAGACACACACACACAAGACACACACACACAAGACACACACACACAAGACACACACACACAAGACACACACACAAGACACACACACACAAGACACACACACACGACACACACACAAGACACAAGACACACAAGACACACACACACACACAAGACACACACACACACAAGACACACACACAAGACACACACACACACAAGACACACAAGACACACACACACACAAGACACACACACAAGACACACACACACAAUGCAUUUCUCACUUGUAUCGUGUAAUUCCAUACGUGGUGGUUUAAUUGGAACAAAAUCUGAUUGCUUGAUUACUCGUCUGAUUACUUUAUUUUGUACUGGAGAAAUCAAUGUUUGAAAACGCACAGGCCAACAAAAAUGUAUAACUUAAAUGGACUGGCUUUGCCUAGCUCGUAACGCCACUCCUGUAUAUAACUGCAUUAAAGUACACGUCUUAACAACGCCCUAGCUAGCUGGCCUAUGGAAACCCCCCUAAUCUCUCAACACACAUGGUUCGACUUCAACAGGCUCCAUGAAGUAGGCUGGCGUGGCUGGCUUGCGAUGCUGUGAAACGGAUUUAAACUCCAAGCCUAUGACACUUUACCUGGCCGACCCGCACACCUUUAUAUUAACGCUGUUGCUGCGGCCUUCUUUAAAAUAUGGGCCACUUGCAGAGAAGUCCACAUGGCUUGCCGAACUUGUAAUGGUACCUACGGACUGUUCUAAGGUUCAGCUGUAAAUGCAAUACAUUAGAAACCCGUGUACGCACAGUUGCCGCUAAAGGGACUGCCUUGCCUAUGAAACACUCCAAUACACCAACAACUGCUUUAAAUUAUGCCUGUACUGUAUAUACACAAGUCGUCGUGUUGGGCUGGCUUGCCUCGCUUGUAAUGUAUGUCGCUUUGAAGUGCUUUACGACUGCGACCUUUACGACCUUUUUGAGACGUUUGUACGAGUUGGGUUUCGUUUUGCCGGCAAGGAUUCAACGUUUGGCAAACCUGCUUGCCGAAAGACUGACCUGUGCCCCGACUUGUAUCUCUCUCUCUCUUCCGCUUGGUACCCGUGUAUAAUCUAUGUUUGAAGUUUUCGUGACUACAGGGAUCCAUACUCGUUGGUUCUUUCGGUAAAGUCACGUCGGUAGAAAAUAAAUCAAGAAACAAUUGCUGUGGUUGUCCCACCUGAUUACGGACGCUUGUGUUGCACCCGAAACGUCGUGAUUUAAUUUCUACCUACGUGACAAUACCGAAAGAACCAAAGAGUACCCGUGUAUAGACGCAUUUAAGAUUAUAAACAAAAACUAAAAAGCUGCGAACACACCUCCUAGGCAACGUACCGUAGUUGUUAACAUGAGUCUUAUAACAGUUGGGAGUGAAUUAUUUUAAUUGUAAAAGAGUGGACCUUUAUCUCUCCCCCGCUGCUUCCAUCAAUGAAGUCUCUUUGCCAUGUGUCAACGCGCAGAGUUCCUCGAUUUAGUUUUUUAUUUUUGUACACUGUGCGCGCGUUCGUGGGACCUGUAACUUAAUUUAUUUUAUUCCGGCGCUUAUUGUAAACACUUGAAGCAUUGCAAAAAGGGCAUCGGUCGGGAACCAUUCCCAUUGCGUUCUGCUGCUGGAGCAACCAACAUUCCCUUUCGAGGAGAUCCGUGUAGCAAUCUCGCCACCUCGCGCCCCCAUCGAAGCCACCUUGGCCGCGCCUCAACCCGGCAGGAACUGCUUGCGAGCUCCAUGCGAGCGAAUGGCGUUCUAGUUCAGCGUUCUUCAUUGCAAAGCCCCCGGUGGUCUUUCGUGCCGUGAAAUCCCCAAUGGUUUCAAAUGUGUGGCAGCCCUCACACUGAUGAUGCCUUAUUGGCAAAUGUACCACCCCCCCUCUGAAAAUGUGAAGAACACUGCUUUAACAGAUCUCUCUUGGUGAAUGCUGGUCACUGCAAAUAGAUCUCUGUGAAGGAGAAUUACCAUCGCUGCAACAGGCAUCUGUUGAGAGUGAUGAGCCAAGCACUUGUGUAAAUACUUGUGGGGCUUUUGGACCCCCCCCCCAUGUCAAUGCAUGUGCCUCCCCCCCCCCCCCCCAUCCGUCAGUGGCACAGGAAGACUCGAGGUUUGUGUUUCAAGCAUCGAGAUCUCAUCACAGACCACGACUGUUCACGUCUCAAACUCUCUGCCUUGUGCAUCCCCAACCGCACCGCAGAUGGUUGUCUUCGCAGGUUGGUGACGUAUUUCGUCAAC